GUUAAAAAGAGACAAAAAAAGUGGAUUCUCUCUAAGAAUGAUUUUUUUAUGCGCCCAAUGAAACUGAGUUGUUUUGAAGUCUCUUCGUGUGUUAACACAGUCUUUAUUCCCUCUUUAAUUGCAUAUGUGAUCUUGGGCAUUAAGAAUGACAACAAACAUCAAGUUAUAAGUUGUAACUGAAAAGUAGCUGGUGACAAAAAUGUGGAAUCAAGAUGGUCAUUCUGACUUUCAGAUUAAGAUUAAAACAGAACCAGUUGAUGAGCAAAUAGAUAAUGGUUACCAUGGUAAUACAGAUUAUAUGGGGGAUCAUUAUACUUUAAGUUACGGAGAUUUAUACCAUGAAAACAGUUCAACUUUUAAGAAUAAGGAUUUGGAAGGUUGUAACCAUAGCAAUACAAGACAAGAAAUAAUUAAUAAUGAUUCUGAUACAAAAGAUUGUGACAAUGGGAAAACGUGUGAAUUUAGUUCUGAGAUAAAGAAUUCUGGAAUCUCAAAUAAACAGUGUGGUGUGCCAUAUCCUGUCCAGUUGUGGAAGACUGUACAGCAUGACGAUGGUCAGGAGACCAGUAGGAAAAAAGAACCAGUCAGUGAAUUUGUAUCAACCAAUAAUAUGAAAAUGAAUUUGUCUCCACCUGAGUUCAAUAGCAUAAUUACCAAUUCAGCCUUUACCUCUACUGUUCAAGAAGAUAUCACAGAAAACCAAAGUAAAAGUAGAAACAGAAGAAAAAGGAAAGAAACAGUUAGGAGAUUGAAGACUUGUAAUAUUGACCAGAGUGAUGAGGAUGACACAUUUGGUUUUAACACUGGUGACACUUGUAAUUCUGGAGAAAAGACAUAUGACACUUGUAAUUCUGGAGAAAAGGCAUAUGACACUUGUAAUUCUGGUGAAAAGGCAUAUGACACUUGUAAUUCUGGAGAAAAGGCAUAUGACACUUGUAAUUCUGGAGAAAAGGAACAUGACAAAUGUAAUUCUGAUUGUCUUUUAUGUCAUGUGUGUCAAGUAGUAUUCACAGAUACCAAGGCACACUAUAUUCAUUUAAAAAAAUGUCUAUCAAGAAGGAAGUUAAAGAGAAAGAAAACAAAUACAGAACACAAAUGUGAUAUCUGUAGCAAAGUAUUUAAAGACAGACGUGGACUUGACAGGCAUGAAGUAGUUCAUUCUGGGGUUAAGCCUUACCAAUGUGCAAUUUGUGAAAGGUCUUACACUCAGAAAGGACAUUUACAACAACACCAGAGGAUGCACACAGACAGAGAAGAUCCAUGGGAAUGUGAAUAUUGUUUCAAGAUUUCACAAAGAUCAGAUAAAUACAACACUCAUAAAAACUUUCAUUUUCGGUCAAAAAACAUGCCAUAUCUUUGUAAUGCUUGUGGUGGUCAAUUCAAAGAAAAACCUGACCUAGUCAAACAUAUCAGAAAGCAUCGUAAUACAGAAUUAUAUUAUGUACAGGUUGUCAAAGAAUCCAAAUUGUCAGGUGAAAACAAACAAUGUUCCAAAUCUCCGCUGAAAAAGCCAAAGUUAAAGAAUUUAAAUGAAAGUGGUUCUGAAACUAAGAGUAACAAAGCCGUUGAAGGUAAAUUAGGAAAGUUUUUGUAUGUCUGUCAGCUUUGUAAGAAAGAAUUCAUAGACUGGACUACCAUUCAGCAACAUGUUAGUCGCCAUACUGGUGAACAAGUUUUAUUUACAUGCGAGACUUGCAGUAAACAAUUUGAGACAAUGAAUGACUAUACUGAACAUCAGAGUGAACAUGCUCCAGAUUAUCUGACGAAAUGUGAAAUUUGUGGAAAAUUUCUAAAUAGCAACACAGAUUUAUUGACCCACAAACACAUUCAUCAAGUUUUAUAUUCAUUUCCUCGACAGCAGCCUUCAAAUGGUGAUGUCGCACAGACAGAAACAACAGUUACUGAUGAAGUAGUUGGUGGAACUGAGGAACAUUCUGAUAGUAGUGAUCAUAAGGGAGACAAAGAACAAGAGGACAAUAGCUUACAAGAUAAAACAGAGGGUGAGCAGAAGAGUAAUUCAGUGGAUAAUGAUGACUCUAUGUACAAUCAAAUCUCUCAAUACAUGGUGGACAAUUGUCAUAUGGAGUCUAUUGUUGCUACCAACUUCCGUUAUAAUGUCCCUGUUACUGACCCCUCUUCAGAACAAGGGCAAGCAGACAAUACAUGUGAAGGUAAUCAGAGUGAAGGUGUUAAUGAAGAUGAUAAAAAAUUCAACAUGGCUUCUAAUCUGAAAAAUGCCAUUAGCACAAACGAAAGGAGAGGACAGUUCAUAUGCAAUGUGUGUGGUAUGAUUUUUGACAGAAUGAAUUUGUUCAGACUACAUGCAGCAUAUUGUGGAAACAUUGAUCAAAAGGUCAAAGUUCACAUUGUAGGAAGGAAGAAAAAAUAUGAAUGUCCAAUAUGUGGGAAGUUAUUCCCAGAUCGCCGUGGCAUUGAGAGACACGGAGUUGUUCAUUCAGGCAUCAAAGCAUAUGAGUGUGUUGUGUGUGGACGGUCAUACACUCAGAAAGGUCAUCUUGAACUGCACAUGAAGAAACACAGUGAUAAUUUCUUUGAGCGGUUUGAGUGUCCGUAUUGUUUUAAAAUCUUAGAAAAGAAGGAUAGAUUUGUAAUACACAAAGCUUCACACAUGUCAGAGUUUCCAUACACAUGUAACGUAUGUAACUCAUCCAUGAGGUCACUCCAGGACCUCUAUCAACAUUUCAAAACACAUGAGCAUCAUCAGUUUUACUUUGUUGAAAAUAAGAUAGGGUUAGGGACACCAGGAGAACAGGUACCAGAAGAUAGUACACCAAUAGAAUUGGUUACAAACGACAGUACACAUACAGUGCCACCUAUAGAAAUAUUUGAUUCUGACAAACUUCAAGAACUCUCCAACAGCCAGUUAAAGUUAAGAGAAGAAGGACAAUACUUGUGUGAUGAGAACCACUUUAUUUUUGUAUGUCAAAUUUGCCACAAACAGUUUCAGACUUGGCAAAUUAUGCUUGAACAUGUUGAUCGUCAUUUCGGUAUGACUCGUCAGUUUACAUGUGAGACUUGCAAUACAGCUUUUGGUACGGUGGAAAAUUUAAAAAAACAUUUAGAUGAGCAUAAGAAAGAUUAUCAAAAUAUGUGCACAGUUUGUAAAAAAUUCUUUUCAGAAGAAGAGGCAUUGAAAGAACAUUUUGUAAUUCACAAGAGAUUUGCACAGAAACGCUCUUUUUAUGUAAAGCAACCUAAUUUGACUAAAAAGCGACGUAAAUUAAAAGAGAAACAAGAUUCCCCUCUAAUAACCUCUCUUGAUCAUGCUGAUCAUGUACCAACUUUCAAUUUAGACAUGCUUAAAGCGUUGGAUAAUGUAUCUUGAUGUUAAUUUAUAAAAUGAAAAUUUUAAGAUAAUAACUCCUUUGAGGAUAGGCUGGAGUUGACAGAUGAUUUCAGUCUAUUGAUUUGUAAACUUGUCUUGCAGAUCGUUUUUCUGGCGGAUUGGCUUUUAAGAGUUAUUGUCCUAAAAUGAUCGUUUUUUUCCAUUUUAUGUGUUUUUCACUUAAAUUUUGAAUACAAUAUAAAUAGAAGAUUACAAAUUUUAGACGGCAAAAAUGAUCAGCAAUUUGCCCUUUUUUGGUGUUUUGACUACAUUCUUGAAAAAAACACUUAUAAGCCGUCAAGAUUGAUAAGACAAGAUUUACAAUUAGGUCAAUAUGAGUGCAGUGUUAAAUGAUCUCUUUAUCCUAUUGUUCCAAAUGAAUAUUUUUACCCAUUUUCCAAUAUUGCGAAAAGCCAAAUAUCUUGAAACUUAUAAUUAAUUUGUUGAUAUUAAUAUCUGUCAUACAGAUGGUACCAUACACAUUGACUAAUAUUGAUUUGGCUCCUUUAAUUUUCAUAAAAUUUUGACAAAAUAUUUACUUUGACCUGUUGA